CGGGCCCCUGCGCACAGAGAUUAUGUACUAGACGUGUGUACUUUAUUUUUAAAACAUGGGGUGGGUCAAACGCUGGCUCGCUGGCUGACGGGAAUGAAGAAUGAGCGUGCUGUGUGCACAGUCGCAAGUUUUACAACCCCUUUCCCGACCUUGCCCGCUCUGGCUCUCCAAGACCGUUCCAUCCAGGAGUCCACUGCCGUGACCAGGACUCGUCUAGUGAUUCCAUGGGAUUAUUAAUGGGGUUUUAAUUUGAGGGAAAUAUAAAGGUGUAUAUUUUCCUGAAGGAUUAUAUCAAGCAUAGAGCAGCUGAAGCGGUCUCCAGCCCCCAGUUACCUCACUGAGCCACCGACCCCACCGCCACACUGGCUGCAGCCAUGACGUCCACCACGGACUUUGACAAUGUUGAGAUCACUCAGCAGUACAGCCGCAUCAACACACGCUUCGAGCUGCUAGGAGAGGAACUGGACAAUGACAACAGCUCUGCAAGACUGUUUGAGAGGUCACGCAUCAAAGCCCUUGCAGAUGAGCGUGAGGCGGUCCAGAAGAAGACCUUCACUAAGUGGGUCAACUCCAUCCUGUCCCGGGUCAGCUGCCGUAUCUCUGACCUGUACCUGGACCUCAGGGAUGGACGCAUGCUCAUCAAACUACUGGAGCUCCUCUCUGGAGAGAAACUGCCCAAGCCCACUAAGGGCCGUAUGCGGAUCCACUGUCUGGAGAACGUGGACAAGGCCCUGCAGUUCCUCAAGGAGCAGAGGGUCCACCUGGAGAAUAUGGGAUCACACGACAUUGUCGACGGCAACCACCGCCUCAUCCUGGGACUCAUCUGGACCAUAAUUCUCAGAUUCCAGAUCCAAGACAUUGUGGUGGAGAUGGGACAGGCAGACGGGACUCAACGGGAGAGUCGCACAGCCAAGGACGCUCUGCUACUCUGGUGCCAGAUGAAGACUGCCGGAUAUCCAAACGUAAACAUCACCAACUUCACCACCAGUUGGAAAGACGGAAUGGCGUUCAGCGCUCUCAUACACAAACACCGGCCAGACCUGGUGGACUAUAGUGGCCUGAAGAGGUCCAAUCCAACCCAUAACCUUCAGAAUGCCUUCAAUGUAGCAGAGCAGACGCUUGGAGUAGCAAAACUGUUAGACCCUGAAGAUGUGUUCACAGAGAACCCAGAUGAGAAGUCCAUCAUCACAUAUGUUGUGGCUUUCUACCACUACUUCUCCAAAAUGAAGGCACUAGCGGUGGAGGGGAAGAGAGUUGGCAAGGUACUAGACCAUGCCAUAGAGACAGAGAAGAUGAUUGACAAGUACGAAACCCUGUCGUCAGACCUGCUGACAUGGAUACAGCAGACCAUCAUCAUCCUGAACAACCGUAAACUGGCAAACUCUCUGACCGGGGUCCAACAGCAGCUCCAAUCCUUCAACUCCUACCGCAUAGUGGAGAAACCCCCCAAGUUCCAGGAGAAAGGUAAUCUGGAGGUGCUGCUGUUCACCAUCCAGAGUCGUAUGAGAGCCAACAACCAGAGAGUCUAUACCCCCAAGGAGGGGGCUCUAGUGGCUGAUCUCAACAGGGCCUGGGAGCAUUUGGAGUGGGCUGAGCAUGAGAGGGAACGUGUCCUGAGAGACGAGCUGAUUCGUCAGGAGAGACUGGAGCAGAUGGCCAGACGCUUCGACAGGAAGGCUUCCAUGAGAGAGACCUGGCUACUGGAGAACCAGAGACUGGUGGCACAGGACAACUUCGGCUACGACCUGCCGGCGGUAGAGGCCGCUAAGAAGAAGCACGACGCCAUCGAGACGGACAUCGCUGCCUACGAGGAACGCAUCCAGGGCAUAGUAGCCAUCUCUAAAGAGCUGGAGUCUGAGCGUUACCACGACACCAAGCGCAUCGACGUGCGUAAGGACAACAUACUGAGGCUGUGGGAUUACCUACAGGAGCUGCUGAAAGCUCGCAGGGCACGACUGGACAAGAAUCUCACCCUGCAGAGGAUCUUCCAGGAGAUGUUGUACAUCAUCAACUGGAUGGAUGGGAUGAAGGCUCGGCUGCUCUCCCCUGACUUUGGGAAGCACCUGUUGGAGGUGGAUGACCUGCUCCAGAAGCAUGCUCUGGUGGAGGCCGACAUCACUGUGCAGGCAGAAAGAGUUCACGACUCCAACGCGGCUGCUCUCAAGUUUGCCAAUAGAGAUAGCUACAAGCCCUGUGACCCCCAGGUGAUUAAGGACCGGGUGCAGCACCUGGACCUGUGUUACCAGGAGCUGUGUGCCCUUGCGGCCCAACGCCGCGCCCGACUGGAGCAGUCCCGACGCCUCUGGAACUUCUUCUGGGAGAUGGCCGAGCUGGAGAGCUGGAUCAAGGAGAAAGAGCAUAUCCUCUCCUCGCUGGACUACGGCAAGGACCUGACCAGUGUGCUGGUCCUGCAGAGCAAACACAGUGCCUUCGAGAACGAGCUGGGGGCUCGCCGUGCACACCUGCAGCAGAUACUGGAUGAGGGUGAUAAGAUGAUCCAGGCCAGACACUUCGGGGCGCCCCAGGUUGGGGAUUGCAUGGAGGACGUGAUGCGUCAGUGGCAGCAGCUGGAGGAACUGUCAGCGUUCAGAAGGCAGAACCUCCAGGACACCCAGAGGUUCUUUCAGUUCCAGGGAGAGGCUGAAGACCUGAAGGCCUGGCUGCUGGAUGCCAAGAGGCAGAUGACUAGUGAUGACAUGGGCCAUGAUGAGUAUACCACCCAGAGGCUGCUGAAGAGACACCGAGACCUCCGGAACGAUGUCGCCAGGAACGGAGCCACCAUCGAUGCUCUGACCAAACAGGCGGCGGCGCUACCCGAGGAGCUGCGCAACACGCCUGACAUCCAGAGACGUCUGAAGGACAUCAGAGACCUGUACAUGGAGCUAAUGUCCCUGUGUGACCUGAGGCAGAAGAAGCUGGAUGAUACCAUGGCCCUCUACACAAUCUUCAGUGAGACAGACUCCUGCGAGCUGUGGAUGGGCCAGAAGGAGACCUGGUUGGUGGGGCUGGAUGUACCGGAGAAUCUAGAGGAUCUGGAGGUGGUGCAGAACAGGUUGAGUAUUCUUGCUUCAGAUAUGGCUAAUGUCCAGACGCGUGUUGAUGAUGUCAACAAAGCAGUGAAGCAGCUUGAGGACAGCAGACACCCUUGUACCAAAGAGGUGAAGGAAUGCCAGUUGAGACUUAAUAAGAGGUGGGAGGCCUUCAAGGCCAUGGUUGUGGACAAGAAGCGUAAGGUGGAUUCAGCUCUCAGCUACCACAACUAUGGACUGGAGUGUGACGAGACAGAGGCCUGGAUCAGGGACAAAACCCGGGUCAUCAAGUCUACCCAGGACCUGGGCAACGACCUGAACGCUGUGAUGACCAUCCAGAGGAAACUCUACGGCAUGGAGCGGGACGUGGCUGCCAUCGAAGACAAGCUCAACUUCCUGAGGAGCGAGGCGGACCAGCUGGCCAAGGACCACCCAGACAACGCUGCAGACAUCCUGUUUAGGAGAGCCGAGCUGGACGCAGCCUGGGAUAACCUGAGGGCCACCCUGAAGGACCGGGAGGACUCUCUUGGAGAGGUGUCCAAACUGCAGACCUUCCUACAGGACAUGGAUGACUUCCAGUCCUGGCUCUUCAAGACCCAGAAGGCCGUGGCAUCCGAGGACUUGCCUGAGACCCUGCCCCAGGCUGAGCAGCUGCUGAACCUCCACGAUGAUGUAUAUGAUGAAAUGGAUGCUCAUGAGGAGGACUACCACAAGGUGAGGGACACGGGCGUGUCGGUAACUCAGGGCCAGCUGGACGACCCUCAGUACCAGGAGCUGGACAAGAGGCUGAAGGGUCUGGACCGCGGCUGGGACGAGCUCCACAAGAUGUGGGACAGCAGGAAGGGCUUCCUGGACCAGGGCCUGGGCUUCCAGCUGUUCAUGAGGGACACCAAGCAGGUGGAAACCAUCCUCAACAACCAGGAGUACACUUUGGCCCACACAGACAAGCACGACACCCUGGAUGGAGCCGAGCAGGCCCUAAAGAAGCACGAGGACUUUGUCUGCACCAUGGACGCCAACAUGGAGAAGCUUGCCAGCACGCUUGAGGGGGGACAGAGAUUGGUGGACAGUGGGAACCUCUACUCCCCCAGGGUCCAAGACAAGAUGGACUCCAUCCAUGACAGGUACAACAAGAACCGAGGCAAAGCCAACGAGGUGACAGGGAUCCUCAAGGAUAACCGUGAUCUUCAACACUUCCUGCAAAACACUCAGGAUCUGACUCUGUGGAUAAACGAGAAGAUGUUGACUGCUCAGGACGUGUCGUACGACGGAGACAGGAACCUUCACACCAAGUGGAAGAAGCAUCAGGCCUUCAUGGCUGAGCUGGCCUCCAACAAAGACUGGCUCAACAAGAUAGACCAGGAGGGUCAGGAGCUGAUGGACUCCAAACCUGAUUUCGAGCCAAUCGUGACGGUGCGUCUGGCCAGGCUGCAUGAGCUGUGGGACAAGCUGGAGUCCACUGCCGAGGACAAGGCCCGUCUGCUGUUUGAUGCUAACCGCUCCGAGCUGUUUGACCAGAGUCAGGCUGACAUGAAGAAGUGGCUGGCUGAGCUGCAGAAGGAACUACAGGGAGACGACGAGGUCAAGGACCUCACCAACGCCAACAUCCUGCUCAAGAAGCACCAGCAAACAGAGAACCACGUGCGUGACCGAGCCAGGGAGCUGGAGGAUCUCCAGGAGGCUGUCCAGAAGCAUGGUGGCCCGGCCGGGAGCAGGGAGGACCAGCCGGAGCUGGAGGCUGAGCAGCAGGCCAUCCAGAGGGACUUCCAGCAGCUCCUCACCCCCCUGGCCCAGCGCAGGGGCAAGUUGGAGGCAGCCAAGGCUGUGCAUCAGUUCUACCGGGACCUGGCUGAUGAGAUUCUCUGGGUAGAGGAGAGGUUGCCCCUUGCGAUGUCAGAUGAACAUGGCAGCAACCUCCAGACGGUCCAAUUGCUGUUGAAGAAGAACCAGACGUUACAGAGGGAGAUGAAGGGCCACCAGCCGCGGGUGGAGGAGGUGUUGGAGCGUGGCCGGAGGAUGGCAUCAGCCGCUACAGAGGAGGGCGGGCCGGAGGCAGAGCGUAUUGGAGAGCAGGUGAAGGAGCUGAAGGAGGUGUGGGCCAGGCUACAGGAGGAGAUGGCUAAGAGGAGAGACCGGCUGAAUGGAUCUAACCGGGCCCAGCAGUACUACAACGAUGCUGACGAGGCAGAAGCCUGGAUAGGAGAGCAGGAACUCUACAUGAUUGCUGAUGACAAGGCCAAGGAUGAGCAGAGUGCCAUGUUGAUGUCGAAGCGUCACCUGAUAGUGAAGCAGGCUGUAGAUGUCUACUCAGACUCCAUCCAGAAGCUGUCUGAUCGUGCUCAGAAGAUGCUGAAUGAAGACCACCCUAAUGGUGAAUCUAUCAUCCGUCGUCAGGGCCAGGUGGAUAAACAGUACGCUGGUCUGAAGGACUUGGCAGAAGACCGCAGGAGGAAGCUGGACCAUGUCUAUCAUCACUUCCUGCUGAGCCGAGAGGUGGAGGAUCUGGAGCACUGGAUCGCUGAGAGGGACGUGGUGGCCUCCUCACAGGAGAUGGGACAGGACCUGGACCAUGUUACAAUCCUGAGGGACAAGUUCCGUGACUUUUCCCGGGAGACAGGGAUGGUGGGACAGGAGCGGGUGGACUAUGUGAACCAGACGAUAGAUGAGCUGAUCAAGGCGGGCCACACGGAGGCUGCUGCCAUGGCUGAUUGGAGGGACAGCGUCAACGAGAGCUGGGCUGACCUGCUGGAACUCAUAGACACCCGAGUUCAGCUCCUACAGGCCUCCCAUGACCUGCUCAAGUACUUCGAUGAUGGGAAGGAGCUGGUGUCUCAAAUCCAGGAGAAACAUAAUGAGAUUCCUGCUGACCUGGGAGAAGACUUCAGCAAGGCAGAUGCCUUCCACCGCAUGCAUGCCGCCUUCGAGAGGGACAUCAGCGCCCUGGGAAAACAGGUGCAGCAGUUCCAGGAGACAGCGGCCCGUCUGCACGCCCAGUAUGCUGGGGACCAGGCUACAGAGAUCCAGGCCCAGGAGAAGGAGGUGGUGGAGGCCUGGAAGGCUCUACUGGAUGCCUGUGACGGCCGCAGGAAACGCCUGGAGGAGACAGCUGACAAGUUCCGCUUCUUCACCAUGGUCCGAGACCUGAUGGCCUGGAUGGAGAGCACCAUACAGCAAAUAGAGACACAGGAGAAACCACGGGAUGUGUCAUCAGUAGAGCUUCUUAUGAAGUACCACCAGGGGAUCAGGUCUGAGAUCGACCAGCGUGGACCACAGUUCUCUGACUGUGUGGCGCACGGCAAGGCUCUGCUGGCAUGCAAACACAAAUACUCUGCUGAGAUCAAGGAGAAACUGAUCCAGCUGAUGGAGAAGAAGAAGGAGAUGAUGACCAAGUGGGACGACCGAUGGGACUGGCUCAGGCUCUUGUUGGAGGUGUGCCAGUUUGCGCGGGAUGCCUCAGUGGCGGAGGCGUGGCUAGUGGCUCAGGAGCCGUAUGUGGCCAGUAAAGACCUGGGACAGACUAUAAACGAGGUGGAGAAACUACUGAAGAGACACGAAGCCUUUGAGAAGUCCACUGCCACCUGGGAGGAACGCUUCUCAGCCCUGGAGAGACUUACUACGGUAUGUGGUAGAAAAGGAUUGGGUGUGUAUUUGUGUGUGUUUGUUUGUGUGUAUGUGAUCUGUGUAAAGCUUCAUCCUCAUUUGACAGUUUUUUCUGAUGUCACCAUUUUCCAUAUAAACAAGUACAGUAUACAGUAUGGGUGUGUGUCUAUCCAUUACCUGUUUGUGGGCGAAAGUUAG